AUGCAUUUUCGCCCGGUCGAGCAGUCGAUGGACGACGAGUAUCUCACGCAGGGCGGGGGCGGCGAUGCUGGCCAGGGAGCCGCGCUGGAAGACCGCCCUCGCUCCCGCGGCGUAUAUUUUUCGCUCGAUGAUGUCUUUUGGCCUGAUGAAUCAGGGAUGAUACCCGGCGAGAAUGCAGUCGCCACGCCUUGGAUCGAACCUGAAAACCCUCCUCACCCAUCCGAUAUGCGGCGGUUGGAGCUAGAACACACAACUGCGGGAUAUCGAGAAGGUAUCUCGGCGGCAAAGGAGCAGACCAUCCAAGCUGGAUUCGACGAGGGCUUCAGUCUCGGUGCCACGAUAGGACUGGUGGCAGGGCAGUUGCUCGGCACACUGGAAGGCAUCGAGAACGCUCUGUCGAGCAGGCCUGAUGGUGAUGAAGAAGCCGCAGAAGCCUCCAAGCUGCUGGCAGAGGCCAGAGAAGACUUCAGUGUUACCAAGAUAUUUAGCUCUGACUACUGGGCCCCUGACGGAAACUGGACCUACGACGUCGAGGAAACCGAUGAAGGCGACGAAGUGCUCUUCCCUGAUGUGGCAAAGGCUCACCCCCUGAUAAGGAAGUGGACCGACAUCGUUGACGAGCGAGUCAAACUGUGGAAUAUUGACCGGUCCCUGCUCGAUGGCGAAGAUGGAGAAGACAGGAUGGAGGCUGCAGCGGACGACGCAACAGUUGGCGCUGGCACGAUCGCACUUCCUCCGGCUACAUCCAGACAACGUCUCGAGUGGUGA